AGAGUAAGCCAGAUGUGACAGUAGCAAGGAAAAACUCCCUAGAAGGAAGAAACCUUGGGAGGAACCAGACUCAAAGGGGGAGCCCAUCCUGCAGGGGCCGGCAGAGGUAUUCAGAUUAAAAGCGUAAGGUCCAGUGGAGUUAUGGAUGCUGAUGUCAGGGUAGGCAGAUGAAGGUGUUGCUUCUGACGGCAGGAUGAGCGGAGGAGAGGUCAAAGUAGGAAAGACGCCAGAGUCAAGGGGGGCCGCACUGGUGUCAUGGUAGGUGGGGGAGACAUCACAUGGCAGAAAGCCAUGAAGUCAGUCAGGAACCAAGACACACACACACACACACACACACACACACACACACUAGUCUGAUGUGAAGGAAAAAUAUUUUGUCCUGAAUGUAUCAUCCUUUUUUGAAUGAACUCCUAAACAGCUAUAUUUAUACCCUGAAGAUCCACCUACUGAACACUUCAAUCUCAUGUCAUCAUUCCUGAUGAUGACUACCAUACAAAGGCAGCAGUCUGCCUGAAGCUGACUAGCAUGACGCUAAGCUAACACCCAGCAGGGUUCAUGGCACGUGUCACCGGCGGGUGCUUUCCCCAGCCGCCGCUUUGAGUGCCACUGAGGUUCCGUGAGUGUGUGGCUUCCUUACAAAUGGAACGUCUCUCCCUCUCUCUCUCUCUCUGUCACUGCCUCGAUGACUGCAAAGAAAGGCACGCAGACAGUUCUGUGAAAACCUGAAAGACGAGAAACGGCCGCGGUUUGGCGGACGUGAGGGUGAGAACGGGAGGGAGGGGAAGUUGGGAGGGGUGAGAAAAAAAAAAAUCAGGAACAACAAUAGUUCCAAAGUCCACCUGCGCACCUGUAUAAGGUUCUUGCGAUACGGCGUGUGAUUCAGGUGAGACAUAAUUCCAAACUGUCUCGGACCAAGCAGAGAAGUGACAUGUAGGCUGGUCUCCUCCUUGUCAGCUACUUCACUUUGGUUUUCAAUGGCCAGAUGUGAGUCUUGGCAUCUGGGAGACUGGCUUUCUUAAAGGAUAUUGCUCCUCUCACCUGCCGGCCAUGUGGUCUUCAAGAUCCACCAUUCUGGUCCUCUGCUGUGUUGGUUGUUCGAUUGCACAAGUGCUCCAGUUUGGAAACCCGUACUUUGAGUCCAGAAACUUCCGCAACGUCCUUCGCUGGAACCAGACAAACAGUACUGAUGAACCCAUUCUCUACAGUAUUCAGUACAAUAUCUACGGUAGUGAGUGGAAGGAGAAGCAGGAAUGUCAAAACAUUACAGCGCUGUCAUGUGACCUGACGGCCGAGACGACCGACAUCACGGAGCUGUACCACGGGAGAGUCGCAGCCAAUGGGGGCAAGCCAGUGCUCUCCCCCCGGUUCUGUCCAAUAAGAGACACCGUCCUGGGGAGUCCCGAGGUGUCCAUCUCCCCUGUGAUGAAAUCAGUGACCUUGACCUUGAAGCUCCCAGUGGGUCCAGACAACAGAACCUCACUGGAGGAGCUGCAGAGGGAACACAGAGAAGUCAUAAUCUCUUACGCUGUCAAGCUGACCCCGGCCGAACAGUUGCCGUGUCACAAAAUCUUAGACCCACAGAAACAUCUCCACACCAAUACUUCAGAUGGCAGGGAAGUGACAGUGCAAGACCUGAAGCCCAACACGGAGUACUGCGGACUGGCCACCUAUACAGUGGAAUACAGCAACAAAAAGCGAUCCAGCGACCCUGCCGUCUUCAACGUGAAAACCCACAAAGGACCGAUGCCUUUAAAACCCCUGUUUGUCACAUCCGCCGUGAUAGGGGUCCUGCUGAUCAUGGCCUUGAUCUCCACUACCGUCUGGCUGUACGUCAGCAGGAAAAGCCAGGUCCCCUAUUCUCUGACGCUGACGAGAAACCAGCCUCAGCAGUCAUGCCAGCACUAUUCCAAGGAGAACGUUUAUAUCAGCAGGCUUGAGUUCUGCACCGUGACGCCACACAUCUCCAUCGACCCCCAUGACCUGCAGGCGAAGGGAUUAGUAAGCCGGGGGGAGUGUCACCCCCUGCAGCACUGCAAUAAUGCAGUUCUUCCCUGCCAUUCCUAUGCCAACCAGCAGGGACUGCUGCAAAGCAGUGUGGACAGUGUCCAGUCCUCCACGCACUAUAGCCUCGUGGCGGGGGUACAGUAUGACAAUAAUAAAAUUGAGUGGUUCCAACAGCCCGCCCCCGACACAGAGGCAGGAGGGGGCCACUUGCAGAUGACUGCAACGCCCAACAGCCCCGCCCAUUUCAACCCUGUUGGGGGGCAACAGACGCUGGAGGCCGAGCCGGGUCCCCUGGUGCUGCUCACCCAAAAGGGCCCCAACGGGCUGCUUCAGCUCCCCGAGCUGUUUGCCCUCUUGACGCCGGAGAUACCUGCAGGAGACCUGGGCUCAGCCUCACGCCCCUGUAGGGAGGGGGCCCCCAUGCUCUCCUGCUUGAUCAUACAGGAGGAUGAGGAGAGGCAGGACUCCAUGCCGACGGAGGACCAUGUUGUAAGGACGUACCUGCCCUUCCAGGCUAAUCCCAUGUUCUGUAGGUCAGCCCUCAGCCCCCCUGAUCCUCACCAAACCCCGGACACCAUGUCAAACUCCCCAGCUUUGAUUAUACCUCAGACUACGGCAAAUUGCCCCUCCAGCUACAUGCAGAACUGGAUCCCAGGUGCCCCCCCCCUAGCCACAGCCUCAGGGGAGACCUCGCACUGGGGGGCAGCGGACUCUCAGCCUCGGCCUGAGGAAGGGGGGGUCGGGACCUUCCUCGAAAGGUGGGAGGUGAAAAUCGAGGGCUGACCUUCCCGCCCAGGAGUUGCUCUAUCACAUACCAAGCGGAGAGAAACGGUCCGUGAUCCCGGUCCCCGUACGACAAAUUCGGGACACGACCGGCAGGGCUGAUGACGAUGCAGCCACCACCAUUCCCGUGAGGCUUUUCUGCAACCCUCACCUCCGCUACUCACCAAGGCCGCAGACUGUGAAAUGCAUGCCACGCAUAUGAAUGCACACAGCAGAGGGGACGCGCUGGGUUCCAGGCUGGACUUGCGCAUUUUAAACCACAUAGCACGGCUUUGCAUUGCUUGUUGGUGGCAGAAGUGAUCCUUAAUGCCAUUUGUGUUUCCAUCUG